AAAAAAAAACAUGGUAGGAAAAGUUGUGUAGUGUUUGAGUUUCAAGCACAUUCUUAAUUUCCUUUGGGUCUUCGUCUUAGGGUUUGCACUUCUAAAUACUUAAAUAUCUUUCUCCUAUGGCAUUAAAUGGGUUCUCGAGUUAACAAUAGUGUUCACGCUUUCCAAUUCCAUGAAAAAAAUGAAUCACCUCAUGUUUUCUUCUUGGUUUUCAAAAUUCAUCAUUAUUAAUAUUCCUUUUCGUUGGAAUUAGACAUACUUUUAAAUCUGCGUUCCUUGUUUAAUUUUGAUAUUGUAUUUUUUUUUUUUUUCAAUUUUGCCUAACAGCGAAAGUUAAGAAUGGAAAGAAAGAACAAGAGGAAGAAAGUAAGAAUGGAACGAAGGAACAAGAGGAAGAAAGUAUUGGGCACUGCCACAGCUGGAAGCAGCUUGGAAGCUGCGAUGAGUGAGGCAAUUGAUCCUUCAAGCAGUGAUGCUGCAAACUGCUCAAACCCACAGUUGCUCUAGCCGAAUCCUAGUGUCUUGAUAAUGUAUUAUUCAAUUAGCUAUCAGGGCCAUUGAAAAAAAGCCACCCCUGCCAUUGGAUUCUUCCAGUACUCAACAAGUAAAGAAGGAUGUGAACAAAAUAUCCCAAUCUAUGCUGAUCAAGCUUUAUAACUUUUGUACUCGUCGACCAAAGGCAAAUGAGGAAUUGAGUGUCGUGGUUAGUAUGUUUGGCGUUCACUUAAACCGCACGGAUACCUAUACAAUGAAACCAAAAGGAUGCGUCAGUAAUAUGGUGAUUUUAGCUGCUGGAAAGAUAAUGAUGGAAGAGGAGAAGGAAACAAAUGGGACUGUCACUCGUCAUAUAUUUAGCCCACAAUUUAUGAAUAAGGUAAAAUGUGACUUAAAUCUUUCUAAUGAAGAUAGCCACAAGACUUGGUGUAUUGAUGAUGUAUCUGUAUUCAUCUUGCCGAGUAAACUGGGUUACGAAAUCUAUCAGUGCAAACUGAUUUUUGCACCAACUUUGUUUGAGGAGCAUUGGUCUUGUUAUGUACUCCAGCCAAAGGACAAAACCCUGUACGUGUUAGACUCGAUGCGUGAUACACUCUCAACUAGCAAAAAGAACUUGGAUGAUGCAACGGUAGUGUUGAUCAUUUCUUUUUUCCUUGGGAAAAAUUUAAAUUAUUAUUUUUGUAAAAUUGUUAUCCCUAACUAUUCGUCUGGUCCAACCUAUCAACGGUUUUUUAAUUUAAAGAAACGUCGUUUUGAGGAGCUGCUGGUAUUAAUGAAUCCUGGUUCGACCAAAGAGAAUGUAUCAAUAACACUGGUUUACGCUGAUGUUCCUAGGCAGAAAAACAUUCAUGAUUGUGGCAUCUAUGUGCUGAAGUACAUGGAAAUUUGGGAUGGAUCGGUAAAAUGGCAAGACAAAACCAUGCCUGAUUAUGAAUAUAAAGAAAUCGUGCAGUUUCGGCAAAGCCUUUUGUGUGGAUGGGUUCAACAUCCUAAAAAUGAGGUCAGAGAAGCGAUUUUGGAGGCAGCAGGAAUGUGGGGAAAAUUAAGCUGACUGAAAUUGACCAUCAAGCUGACGUGUUUAAGAGAUUUCUAUUAUAAAUAUUGGUUAAUUUCUUUUAAAUUAAAUAAAGUUUUAAUUUUUACACAUUCGAGAUGCUUAAGAAAAUUGAUUCCUCUAGGUAGAGCUAUAUCUGAUACUGUCUGUUUGCGAUCAGUUAUUGCAAACAACUGGGAUUGUAUUGAAAAUUAUAGAGUUCAACAUAAAUCUUACUAUGUUAUGUAAUGAUGUGAAUUUUAUUAUUAAUGAUUAGAUUGAU